CAGACAUACAUUAAGUGUUGUGAGGAGAUGGACAUUAAGUGAGGAUCAGCGGUACCCACGAGCUCUUUUGAUACACGCCUAACUGGUACUUAUUAAUACCAAUGUGAGAUAGCCAAUUCAUAGCUUUAUGAGAUAGAAAUGUGUUGACAUAUAUUGAUGGUAAUAUAUAUAUGUGCUGACAUAUAUUGAUAGUAAUAUACAUAUAUAUGUACUGACAUAUAUUGAUGGUUAUAGCUUUGUGAGAUGUCAAGAUUGACAUGCGGUGACAUAUAUUAAUGGUAAUAUAUAUAUGUGCUAACAUAUAUUGAUGGUUCUUGUUUUACGAGAUUGAUAGAUUGACAGCUUUGUGAGAUAGGCAUAUGUAUAUAGUACUCCUUAUUGCAUACUUGUCCACUGAAAAGUACCAAACCUAUAUUAUCAUUGUAGUAGAUUAUUAUCAUGUCUAUCUCCAUGAUAUAUUACUCUUGUGUAUCAUAUGUCUAUUUCACAGAUGAGUAGACAACUUGUCCGUCUUAUUUGAUGAUACCUCUACAGUUUACAAGGGAGAUAGACAUAUGCAUAUAUGAGUAAUAUUUGUGAUGUCCGUAUAUACUCCAAUAUAUAUAUUUUUUAUGUGAUGAUCAGAUGGGAUGGGAGACACUUGUCACUCAUCCAAUGCUCCUCUUUGGUUAUAAAUAUAGAGAGUUACUUUCACUCUUGCUCACAUUUGUUGGAGCUCUUGGUGAAGUGAGACUUGGAGUUUUAGAAGGAGGCUUUCAAGAGGUAGGAUUGGCCUUCCAUUUAGUUGGGUGUGUGGGCAGGCGCCAGGGAGAGUUGAUCAAGUUCUUCGAAUUGCGGAGGAGGAGCGGUAUUGGAACGUUCUAUUGUCUGAUUCUUCUCUUCGAGACAGCACUUUGUGGGAUCACGUUCCCCGUCAACCCGAAGAUCGAUUCAUGGCCCAAUCUUCUUUCACUCUUCCUCUGGCUGGUGACGGUGCUAUGGAACGUUUACGCUCACGCAAACAGAAGACUAGGACAACUCCUAGUGUUGAGAAGGAGGCUGUUACUACUGCUGCUCCUUCUUGUCCUUCUGCGAGGGCUCAGAAGAAGAAUAACAAGAGACCGUCUCCGGUUGAGUCGACCGAUUGGUUGAGUAAUACAGUUGAUCUUUCUUUUCCAUCUUCAGCAGCUGCACAUUCUGAGUUUGGCCUACACCUUGGUGAGGCCAGUAAGCUAUUAUUUCUAGAGGAUCGAGCUCGUUUUGAGAACAUCGGAGAAAUAGCUUCC